AUGGACCGAAUGUUUGCUGCGCCCUUCAUCGGUCAGCUGGGGAGCGGACAUGUCGAUGGCGUUUAUUCUAUGGCCCGAGACCCAGGUUCUUUGGAUCGCUUUGCCAGUGGCUCAGGUGAUGGCGUUGUCAAGGUCUGGGAUAUGCAAACCCGAGAGGAGGUGUGGAACACUCAAGCACAUGAGAACAUUGUGAAGGGAAUUUGCUGGACUCCCGAUCGCAAAAUCCUGUCUUGCGCCAGUGAUAAAACAGUCAAGCUUUUCGACCCUUAUAAUUCCUCGCCAGAAGCUCCACCGAUUGCAACGUACCUCGGACAGACCCCGUUUACGGGCGUUUCAUAUCACCGCGAUCAGCCUGCGUUUGCUGCUUCGUCUUCUGUAAUAUCCAUUUACGAUUUGUCCCGUCCUUCUGCGACUGCGUCUCAAACUCUUCACUGGCCAACCAGCACCGACACCAUUACGUCUGUUGCUUUUAACCAAACAGAAACGUCUAUUUUGGGAUCGACAGCCACUGAUCGCUCAGUUAUCAUAUACGAUCUCCGAACUUCAACACCCGUGGCCAAGGUCAUCCUCACUCUAGCCUCCAAUGCCAUUUCUUGGAACCCUAUGGAAGCAUUCAACUUCGCUGUCGCUAAUGAAGACCACAAUGCUUAUAUGUUUGACAUGAGAAAGAUGGAUCGAGCAUUGAAUAUCUACAAAGAUCACGUUGCUGCUGUUAUGGAUGUUGAAUUCAGCCCGACCGGUGAAGAGCUGGUUACAGCCUCUUACGACCGCACGAUACGACUAUUCAACAGGAGUCAAGGGCGCUCGAGAGAUGUCUACCACACACAGCGAAUGCAGAGAGUUUUCUCGGCCAUGUUCACCCCAGAUAACAACUAUGUUCUAUCCGGAUCUGACGAUGGAAACAUUCGUAUAUGGCGCACAAACGCUUCCUCCCGGGUUGGAAUUAAAAGUGCCAAACAACGCCAGAAACUCGAAUAUGAUCAGGCGCUUAUUCGCAGGUAUUCUCACAUGCCUGAAAUUCGAAGAAUCAAGAACCAUCGCCAUGUGCCCAAGGCCAUCAAGAAAGCAGGAGAAAUUAAGAAGGAGGAGCUUGCGGCUAUCAAACGAAGGGUUGACAAUGUUCGGAAACACAGCAAGAAAGGCAGCGUACCUCAGCGAGCCGAGCGAGAGAAGGUCGUUCUGGCGACCGAGCAGUAG